AUGAGUGAAUGCCAAUCAACGUUAGAUUUACCACCGCCACAACAACAAAUACAACCACCAGAAGCCAGCCCUCGAGUGACCGUCAACGUGCGCCAACUGAAGAUAGCAAGAGGAGAAAGUAGGACUGUGGACUGUACGCCUGAGGGGUCCCCGCUACCGAGGGUUCAGUGGAGCAAGGGAGAAGGCGAGUUCAGCAAUGGCGUUAGACAAAACGGAACCAAGCUGACAAUAACCAACGCACAAGACGAUGACGCAGGGGACUACGUGUGCACCGGCAUCGUGCAAGCGACACCGGUGUGGACGGAUUACUUACAAGUUGUGAUAGAAGAUAUACCAGAAACUCCACCACAACCACAAAUACAACCAUCACAAGCCAGCCCUCGAGUAAGAGUCAACAUUCGCCAACUGACUAUACCAAGAGGAGAAAGUAGGACCGUGGACUGUAAUCCGGAGGGAUCCCCGCUACCGAGGGUCCAAUGGAGCAAGGGAGAAGGCGACUUCAGCAAUGGUGUCAAACAGGACGGAAACGCUCUAACAAUAAUUAACGCCCAAGACGGUGACGCAGGGGACUACGUGUGCACCGGCAUUGUGCAAGCCACACCGGUCUGGACGGAUUACCUACAAGUUGUUAUAGAAGAUGUGCCGCCACCACCACCACCACAACCACAAGUACAAGCGAGCCCUAGAGUAACAGUCAACGUGCGCCAACUGAAGAUACCAAGAGGAGAAAGCAGGACUGUAGACUGCAGUCCUGAGGGAUCUCCUUUACCGAGAGUUCAGUGGAGCAAGGAAGAAGGCGAGUUCAGCAAUGGCGUCAGACAGGACGGAAACGUUCUAAUAAUAAGUAACGCCCAAGACGGUGACGCAGGGAACUACGUGUGCACCGGCAUUGUGCAAGCCACACCGGUCUGGACGGAUUACCUGCAAGUUGUCAUAGAAGAUUCACCGCAACAACCACAAAGCAGCCCUAGAGUGUCAGUCAGUGAACCCCAAGUGAGAAUACCAAGAGGAGGAAGUAAGAAAGUCGAAUGCAUCCCUGAGGGAUCCCCGUUGCCUAGAGUACAGUGGUCCAAGGAAGAGGGAGAUUUCGGCAACGGAGUCGAAAUAGAGGGCAACGCGCUGAUAAUUUCGAAUGCACAAGACACAGAGUCGGGAAAUUAUGUGUGUUCCGCGCUUGUACAAGCAACGCCCGUUUACACUGCUUACCUUCAAAUUGUGGUAGAAGAUGUGGAACCCGUCACCGAACCAAGACCAUCAGACGAAAAUCCGCCAAAAGUCGCAGUCAGCGAGUCACAAGUGAAAAUAACAGUGGGAGAGAGUAAAACUAUCGACUGUAAUCCUGAGGGAUAUCCUUUACCAACCGUUCAGUGGACGAAGGAGGAAGGCCAAUUCACCAGUGGAACCAGACAGGAGGGCGAUGCGCUGGUAAUAUCAGAGGCUAAAGAAGAUGACACGGGGAAUUACAUAUGCAGUGCCGUCGUGGAUAGAACCACGGUGUAUAAUGAUUACCUUUCUGUUGAAGUUGAAGGUAACAAAAUAGGUACGUAUCUUUCGUAAAUAUUUCUUAUAAAGGAUGGCCAAUUCAGCAGCAGCACCAGACAAGAGUAGUUCUA